CAGGCUUUUCUUUUCUUUUCCUUGGACGUCCCUUGGUGGAUCCAUCACAUUGGUGUCAGUGCUUAAAAUAUCUCACGGAAUGAAACAAGGGGAUAAGCACACCUCAAUCUGCGGCGCCGUUUUGAAUCAUCUUCCCCCUCAUUUCCCCUGCCAUAGAUGACAGUGAUUAGAAGCAAGCACAAGUAUCCACUGUGGACUUCACAAGAGAAAUAAAGGUAAAAUUGACGAUCCGCCCCCUUCACUUUAGUAGUACUGCUUAAAGUGAAAGACGCAAGAUAAAAUGUACAGCAAAGGUUAGUGUGGUACAAACAUGCUGUGGUGACAAAAUUGACGCGUGGUCCCCAGAAAAGCAAGCUGUAUUCCUUUUUCCAACUUUCAUCAGAAAUAUCACUGAAAAAGACGUCCUGUAGACCAGCGCCUUCUUUUUUUUUUACAUCAGAGCCAUACACGAUCUUUCACUUCACUCGCCAACCAUACUGGAGUUUUUAUUUCAUUGUAAUGGCCCAACUGCUAUCAUUGAAUCCAAGUAUAUUGAUCAAGGUGGUCGAUACACUUGCCUUAAAAGACGUCAUUCUACUUGCCAGUACCUGUCGCCAACUACACCAAUUGAUCUAUGAGACAGCAGAUAUCUGGAAUGCUGGUAUGCUAUUCGAGGACCAUAAUCAAGAUAUCGAUGAUGAAGUUAUCGCCUACAUCGUACCUCGCAUUACUCGAAGUUAUGGGAUUCAUUCAUUGAAAAUUAUAGGUUUACACAAAGUAACCUCAAUUGGUAUACUUCAAAUCUUCGACCAAUUCGCCCACGCCUUGAAAGAUAUUGAGCUUGGCACUUCUAUGGCCGUCAUAGAAGCACUCACGGAUCAUUUAGAAGCAUUCUCUCUGAAGUUAGGCUUGUUGCAAGCUGCCAAUUCUAUCCCUCUGACAUUUUGGGAAUAUCGCUGUCACCAUAAGGAAUACAUGGAGCAAGUAGCUGCCUACAUGUCGCAGUCAUUGCCCAGUCCGACGGAUUCCAAAAAUACCAACUACUCACAUGCUGAAUUAUUUGCAAGGCUAAGAUGGCUCCAGCUUCCAACCAAAUUGGACGAUCCUCCGUUCGAGCACUUGGAGAAAAUUAAAGUUAUCAUCACCGAUGGGGACGAUCAUGCCAUUUUGCUGAAGCUGCGAUCCUUGAUUGCAUAUCUGUCUGGGGCUAACUUGGAAAGUGAUGCGGAAUCCGAUGAACAGAAGCAUAGCGAGGCACAUGCGGAUCGAUGGCAUACGAUUAAUCGCAAACAAAAGGUUGCGGACAUCGUUUCGAAAUUAGAAAUUCUGCAUCAGCCUUCCAUUGCUCCAAGCACACCCCAAUUGUCCGCGCAGCAACCACCAGCACAUUUAAAUCAACAACAACAACAACAACAAGAUCCAUACCAUCAUAGAACUCUUCCUGCACUACCCAUGGUGUCAGGAGCAUGCCCGGAAGGAGCAAUGUGCACGCCAUACGAUCGGCAAGAAACGCCAAUCCCCCCAUCACCACCAUCCGCUACUGAUUCCCGCAAGCGUAGACUUGCUCAAUCUGAGCCUCGGCUUUCCUCUGAAGAAAGCAAACGAAGCAGGCGAUCCCCAUCCACCCAACCCGUUGUCAAAGUUUACCGCUACCGCCGAAGACGAUCAUCCGGUUUCGAAUCACAGUCAGACCAAGAACGCCAGCAACAUGCUUACAGGCAUCCUGUUUCGAAUUAGAAUGUGGUCAUUCCCCCUGCUCCCUUUCCGCUCAGACUAUGAGCUUUCUUUCCUUGACAACAAGGAAUUUUUAUAUAAAAAAAAUGGUAUCUUCCGGGAGCCUAGGCUAUUGUAUAUGCUGCGAGAUAGAAUUUCCUUGUGAUUUUCGUUUUCUUUUUUUUUGGUUUUCAACAGAUUGCUAUUCGAGGGGAUUUCCCCUUCCAUAUGUAAUGAUGAUGCCUGCAUGCUAUCAAAUAAACGAGACAAAGUAAAAGAAAAAAAAAAA